AUGGCGACACGGGUCGAGGUCAGCUCCCUAACUUCCCUGACGGGGGUGCCAGGCCUCGGUGAAAUCGCCAAGGAGGAGACCUUGAAGCGGACCUACUUCAGCCAGGCUGGCGAUGCCUCAGGGGCUCCCUCAGCACGGAUUUUAGAAGGAAAAAGCCCCCUCAGGAGCUCGGCCCGUUUAUUCCCUCUGCCAAGACUCACCGCCAAACCCUUCUCCAAGGAGAAGGCCUCUGAUGUGAAAUCCCCUGUCUCGUCUUUGUGGCCCAGGCCGUCUUCUUCCAGUGGGUUCCCCGAGGACGUGGUAGUGAAGGCUCUGGAUGAGACGAUGCCCACCUUGGUGGGGCAGGAGGCAGGUGGUGGGGAGGUCCCAAGGAGAAGCGCUUCUCUGUUCAACAGAUCCCCGUUCCUACAGCCCAACCCCAACACCAUGAUUCUCUUUGAAACCAUCAAAACCGGGCCCACUCUGGGAAAGGGGGUUGGUGAGGGGGCACAGGAGGUCAACAGAGGGGUAUCUCAGGACCCCCCUUUGGGCUCCCGGCCUGAGGUGGCCGCCAAGCCUGCCCUACCAUCUCGAAAGCCUGCAGGGACCCUUCCCCGACCCACUUCCCUGUCAGAGGAGACAAGUCCAGCUCCAGCCCAAGAGGAGAGAGGCCAAAAUGACCCUCUCUUGAAGGCCAGCGGUGUGGAGGACACUGCAAGGCCCACUCGGGAGACCAGGCCACGCCUGAAGAGAAGGCCUGUGUCGGCCAUUUUCAUCGAAUCCAUUCAGCCUCAGAAGCCGGCCACAGGCGGAGUGGCUGUGGUGGGGAAACCUCCACCUACCCCACCUGAGAAGACAUGGGUGAGAAAGCCCCGGCCUUUGUCCAUGGACCUCACGGCCCGAUUUGAGAUCAGAGAGGCCUUGCUUAAGAAGGUGGCCGAUGAGGAAAAUGGGGUGACAGCAGGUUCCACUACCUGGUGUCAGGGGACAGAGAGGUCUGACCCGGAGCCCAAAGUGGACGGGCAGUGUUUGGUCAAAGCAGAGGAUCCCCUUCAUGACCCGAAUUCAGGCUUCCUGGAGGUGGCCAAGAAAAUCCAGGAACGGAAGGAGAAGAUGCUUUUUAAGCAGGUGGAGGCGGGCAGCCCCAGGACCCCAGGGGGCUCAGCUAAGGUUGCUCCCAAAGAUGACCAGAGUCCUUGGGAAGAGAAAGCCAAGCUGAAUGGGGAGCCAGAGAAGGCGCCCGAGUCCCCUUCACUCAGGUCUGGAAAGGGUCAAGAAUCUGAGGAGGUCAAGAGCAGAGUGGCUAAUGGGGAAAUUCCUGCGGGCGGAGAGUGGACCUCCAGGGGAAGUAUCAAGAAGCGCAUCAGCCUGUAUGGGGAGGAGAGUGCCUUAGCCUUGGCACGGGGGUCUGCACCACCCCUGGCUGCCCUCGAGUCUCCCUCAGCAGCCCCUGAGCUGGAGAAAGGGGGUGUGAGCGUCCAGGAGCGGAUUAAAGGCUGGGCUGCUGAUACUGCUGAGGCAAAGCCAGAGAUCAGGAGGAGGUCAUUCCAGGCGAGGCCACUGUCGGCAGAUUUGACCAAACUGUUUUCAAGUCCUGCUUCAGGCAAUGAAGUCAAAUAUGAGAAGUGUCCCGAGCCAAGUAGGGAGCUUCCCAAGGACUCGAGAGAAAAGCAGAAAGAAGGGCAUUUUUUGGAUGGAACAUCUGUUCCAAGAAGCCUCUGGAAGCCUGGGACACUCCAGAAGAAGGCCAGGCAGACAGAGCAGAAAGACAGCUCUAACCAAGACCCAGACAACUGUCCACGUGAAAACUUGUUGGGGUCCCCGAGUACUCCUGGUGUCACUCUGGAAGAUGAUGGAAACUUCCAGACUGUGUGGGCCACAGUGUUUGAGCAUCACGUAGAGAGACACACUGUGGCCAACCCGUUGAGACGCCGUCCCUCGGCCACGGUCCCUGUUGAUGUGCCCGAUACCCGUGUCUCAGAGUGCAGACCUGGGCCUGACAGAGGCUCUUGGCUGGGGAAGGUCCCACCAGAAAAGACAAACCCCAAGAAAGAGAACUCCAGGUGGUUCGAAAAUUCUGAGACAGAGAAAUUGGGACAAACGGCCCUUUCAAACGGUGAGCCAAAAUGGUAUCCUUGGGGAGAAAAGCGCAAUAAUAACCCGUUCUAUAAGCACUCGGAAAACCCUCCCACCUCCCAACGGGUUGAGCCAAAGUAUGACAUUGUGCAUGCAGUGGGGGAGCGUGCCCACAGUGAGGCUGUCUCCACGGCUCCCGAGGAGAAAGCCGUGACGCUCAGGAGCAGCACAUCUGGGCUCUCACAGAAAGAGAGGCGGCUGUCUCCUGAGGCCCCCCCUGCAGACCUGGAGGGUGGUUUAGAAGGUCAGCCUGGGUCUGUCCAAAGAGCCAGUUUGAUUUGGGAAGCUCGAGGGACGCAUGAGGCCAUGGCGCCAAAGCCUGACUUUCGAGAGCCGAAGGAUGUGUUUGGGCGCAGUUGCCCAUCGCCCAAGUGGACAGGCGGGGCCUCUGUGAACUGGAGUAAAGCCACCGUGGUGGUCAGUGAAGAGAAGGGCUCGGAGCUGAGCCCCGUGGUUGCCUGCGAGCGCUUGGCCAGGACCUGUGCACUUGAGGCUACCACUGUGAGGGCUGUCAAGGCCAGCAUCCGUGAGGUCCAGCCCGAGGAGCAUGAAGGAGCAGGAAACAAGCUGGGAGGCUUCUUUUCAAGGGAAGAGAAGGUUGUACCCCAGGGCUGGCCUCUAGAUCCCCCUUCCAGGGCUAAGGAUGAACCCUUUGACUUCCGAGCAGAGGCACAUCCAGGCGUGUUAUCUGUGCAGAAAGGACCCCUUGUUGUGGCUGCCAGUGAAGAUGACCCAAGGCUGACUCCUACACCACAGCUGGAAGUGAAAAUGCGGAAAGCAAGUCACAUGGACCAGAGAACUGAGAGGUGGAGGCGUCGCACUUUACCCUUCGAUGUGAAGUUUGAAGAAUUCGGCUUCCUUGACCCAGAGCACUCUUUGAAGGUGGAACAGAGGCAGACAGAUUAUUUGACCCCUACAGCUGGUGCCUUAAGAAAACCUCAACUGUCCCACGAUAGGGUGGGAACCCAAGAGGUGAACCCAGGCGUGUCACUGGUCCAGACUCUUCCACCGGGGAAGCAAGGGUCUCCUGUGGAACCCAAGGCGACAUUUUUUGCAAUAACAUAUCAGAUUCCUGAUGCUCAAAAAGCCAAGAGUGUUGUUAAGUCAGGGCCUGAAAAUGUGAUGGAACAUUCUAGAAAAAUAGCUCCCCCUCCAUCUCCUCAUUCUGUAACAUCUACUUUAGUUUCUCUUAACCAUGAAGAGCCACUGGAGUCUGUGGACAGUAAAAACUGGGCUAAGGGAAGAGAGCAUGCAAAUGUCAGCCUUUCAAAGAAUUUGAAGCCAGCCGACUGUCCAUCAUCUCUCGGGGAUAGGAUUCUGGAUCCUUCUAGCGAACGAAUCAUCGAUGUCGAUGCUUUAUGGAUUCACCGGGGAUCAGAAGACGUCACUGGCUUUCAGAACGAUUGGCAGGACGGUGGGAACAAGAUGUCCUCCAGCAACACUCCCAAAACUACCCCAACUUUCAGAAGUCACCCAAAAGCUGGUGAUCUUGUCAGAAGGAAGACUGAAGUGGUCAGCGAGACGUUCCCCGGUAAAAUCAAAGAAAGCUACCGAUCCAGUGUCCUGGACAUUGAUGCCUUGAUGGCUGAGUACAAGGAGCAGUCAGUGAAAGGCCCUGGGGAGGCUCGGGAGCAGAAAGAGAGUCCUACGGCUGAAGUCAGCAGCUUGCCCCAUGGGAGGCGAGGCCAUCCAGUGGGGCUGGAAAGGGGUAGGAAGAGCCUGAAGGAGGCACCCCAAGCAGAGGGUCUUUGGAAACAGGCCAGUUUUACCGAAACAAACCACAGUUCCACCCCCAGCUCAGGCAAGCAGCAGGUAGAGAUCCUGGACUCAGCCACAAACACCAAAUUUAACCCUCCCCUGUGGGCUCUGCCACACCCAGCUCCUGAAAAAUACCUAGAGGCCUCUUCUGGUCCUGUGGUUCCCAGGAAAAAGACCUUGGGACUCUCUGAGGAUGAAAAGAAGGCCUGUGCUAGUAAACAUCACAACGCCAAGUGUCAGAGUUACCCGGCUGAGUCCAAGUCCUCUGGUCAAGAGGAUCCAGGCAGCGGGGCGAAUGUGCUGUCCAGGUCGCCCCCCGCUGACUGGAAGAAAGAGACCCCGAGGAAAUCCGUCAGGAGGGGAGAUGAGGUCAGUGGUGCCCAGUGGGGUGACCACCCACGGGACAGUGGAAGGUCGCCGCUGGAUGUCAAGAGGGCCUAUUCGGAGAAGGGUCCUCCCGCCAAAAUCCGAGAGGGCCUGUCCAUCAUGCAAGAAGCCAGAGAGAGGAGACACGAACAGUUCAAAGGGAAGCUCAGCCUCCCCGGGGAGAGUUUGGAGGCCAAGGAGACCAAAAUGGGGCCCUGUCGGCGGGAGUCGGGGACUCGAGACGGCCACAAGGUGCUGCCGCAGAAUGUGGGGAUGGAGGGUGGCCUCCAGGACAACGAGCAGCUGCUUCGGCAGGUGUACCCUGCUGUCCUGGGCCCCCGGAGAGGCCACAGCUUCUGCAGGGACAAGAGGAGUGGGCCCUUUGUGGACCAGCUGAAGCAGUGUUUUUCCAGGCGGCCGCCCGAGGCCAAGGACACCGACACCCUCGUUCAGGAGACCAACAGCCAGUAUGGGACGUGGACGGAGCAGUGCCAGAGUGGGGAGAGCUUGGCCCCAGAGUCCCCGUCCCCAGACAGCAGUGCCGCAUCAGCACGGAAACAGCCCUCCAGCAGCCGCUUGUCCUCCCUGUCAUCGCAGACGGAGCCCACCUCAGCUGGGGACCUGAACGACAGCUUCAGGGGCCAGCGGAGCAGCAGCGUGGACCGCUCCAGCACAGACCUAGACUCCACCGACAGGAUGGAGGGGCCGUCCCUGCUGGACGCCUCCCCAGUGCAGAGGGUGGAUGACUUCUCCUUCAUUGAUCAAACCUCAGUCCUCGAUUCAAGUGCCCUAAAGACCCGCGUGCAGCUCAGCAAGAGAAGCCGCCGCCGGGCUCCCAUCUCCCACUCCCUUCGGCGCAGCCGACUCAGUGAGUCAGAAAGCAGGUCCCCUUUGGAGGAGGAGGUUGACAGCACAUGGAUGUUCAAGGACUCAACAGAAGAGAAAUCCUCCAGAAGAGAAGAGUCGGAUGAGGAGGAGAAGCCGCCCAGGGCUGAGAGGACACCCGUCAGCCAUCCUCAGAGGAUGCCUGUGUUCCCGGGUGUGGAUCCAGCAGUGCUCAAGGCUCAGCUGCACAGGCGGCAAGAGGUGGACAGUCCCGGCGAGACCUCCACCCGGGCCCCCCAGCCCAAGACGCCCAAAUCCCCCUUCCAGCCUGGCGUGCUGGGCAGCCGUGUCCUGCCAUCCAGUGUGGAGAAGGAUGACAAGUCAGAAGAGCCCCCUCCCCAGUGGCUAAAGGAGCUGAAAUCCAAGAAGAGGCAAAGUCUGUAUGAGAAUCAAGCUUAA